AUGAGUUAAAAUAUGAAUUUAUCAUAAAAUCUACGUUAUGGGUCUUUUAUUAGAAUUAGCGGAAAAGGGAGCAACGGAACUAAAGGUAUUAUAACUUCAAAAGGGUAAAACCAUCAAAUAUUAAUCUCUUAGUUUUUUCGAUCAUGCUGUUUAUUUCCAAACGUAUGAAGAUAUGGAAGAUAUUAAUAAUUUUCGGGAUGGAAUUUUUCAAAUAUUGCCAAGAGGAAGUUUUGAAAUUCAUGAUGAAUAUUUGAAAGGAAUGUAAGAUGUUUUUUUUAAAUUUUAUAGGGAUAAAUCCCCAAGUUUGUAAUAAAGGAUGAAAUCUGAAAAAGAAUAGUAUUUCAAUAUGAUUGAUAAUAAAAUGAAUGAGGAAGUUUAUUUUAGGUAUAUUGUUAAAAUAUAUUUUUUUUAGUUCAGAAGUAAUCUUUUAGCAUGUAGAAUCAGGAUAGUAUUUAGCUUGUUCUGAAGAAUGUAGUGAUUCAAGAAGUGAUAGUUUUGGACUAAGACUUUAAUAAUUUUUAUCUAGCAGAAUUAUUUUCAAAAUGGAGCCUAGCAAAAAUUACUAAUAAACAGGAAGACCUAUAAUUUCUAAAUAAUCUGUAAAAAUCUAAUCAGAUAUAAAUAAAUUUUGGAUCGAUAAGAAUAUGAGAUAGCCAGUAUAAUUAGAUCAUAAAUCAACUUAAACUGGUUUGAAAGUGUAAUUGAAAGCAUUAUAAGAAGAUUCUCAUAGAUAUGAAUUAAUUGUUAGUCAUUAUUCUGACAGCGAAUGGAAGAUAUAAUUAUAUGAUAAUUAUGAAAAGCAUCAACUCAACAAAUUAAAACUAAAAACAAACGAGGUAGUAACUUUUAAAUGUUCUAAGACUGACACAUAUUUAGGAGCUGAUUUAUAAAAUAAUUAAAUUGUUCUUAAACCUCCCUUACAUAAUCAAUAGAUUCCUGUUGAAUGUUUAUGGGAGUUGUAAUUUCAUGAUAAAUUUACAAAUGAAUUACCAACAAUUACAUUAUAACCUAGAACUUUAGCUUAAAUACGUCAUUCAUUUAUAGGAUAAAAUAAUAUAUUGUUUCCUGGGAAUCAAAUAAAUUAAUAGUAUAAUUAAAAGAAUGCAACAGAAUAGAAUUAAUAAAUGAAUAAUUAACAAAGAUGUAAAAAAAAUGUAUCAAAAUAGUUAAGAUUAAGACAUGUAAUAACUGGUAAAUUAUUAUUUUGCUAAGAUCAAUUUGAUGAACAUGAUUGUUUCCCAGCAAUUUUAUCUGAAGAUUCAUGCACUAUUGGUUUAUAAUUAGCCAAUAGGUAUGAAAGAGAAUUUAUAGAUUCAUCUUAUGUUAAUUUGAUAAGAGAUGAUAAUGUCUUAACAUCUAUAAUAACAAAAUACUCAAUGAAAGCAUCAAUUGAUGGUCGAAUUAAAAAAUCAGAAAAGGUGCAAGGACCUGAAGGUUUUUAUAAAUAAUUAAAAUAUGAACAAAACACUAUUAAAUGCGGAUUUAGAGAUAGAGCUUUUAGUAAACCAUUUAUUAUUCACAGAAUUAAAUAAUCAUUUUUUAAAAUAGUCUUAUAACCAUUUUCAGCUUAUGAUUAAAUGCUACACUUUGUUCAUUAACUUUAAUAAAACCAUUAAAAUUUUGCUUAUAUUAUUUCUACUGAGCGAAUGUUUGAAAUUUAAUUUUUAUUGAAUCGUUUAAAUGAAUAUUUAAUGGAUAAAAUUGAUAUUAGUGAUGAAAAUGAGGAUGAUUUACCUAUUUUUGAAAGAUAAAUAAUCCUUAAAGAGCUCUAUUUUACUGAAAUAUUAGUAGAAUUGCUUUAUUAUUUAUGUUAUAAAAAAGGAACUAAGAAAUUAUAAAUUUGGAGAAAACAAAAAGAGGAAAUCUAAAUGAUUUUUUUAUCAGCUUAUUAACUCAUUACUAAACUAAUCUAAAAUAAUAUUGUAACAAAACUUUAUGUUUCGUAAUGGCUUGAAAUGUUUUUACAUUAAUAUAUGUGUUUAAGUUAACCAGCUAUCUAAUCUUUUUUAUCUGAAAUGUUAGAUAACAAUAGAGAAGCUAUUUAAAAAUUUUUAAAUGAAAACAUUAUUAAAAAACUUAUAGAAUUAAUUUUGUAACAAUCACCUCAUGAUAAAUAUCUGAAAAUAUUAAAUGCUAUUUGUGUUUCAAGUGAUUAAGCUAUUAGAGAAAAUCAAAGAUUAGUACUUGAAAAUUUUUUUAAACUAGCUCCUCCAAGUAUGUUAUUUAAUAUAACUUAAUUUUAGAUUUUAAAUUUGAUUUUAAGAUUAAAUAAGGACAUAUUUAUAUUUAAUCUGCUGAAUAAUUAAAUUAUUCAAGAUGGUAAAACUUAGAAUAAUUUUAUAAAUCAAGUUUAAUGAAUGAUAAUUUAGAAUAUUGGAAUUAUUUUAUUAGUUAUUUUGAUUUAUUAGGUGAUGUAUCUAUGAAUAGAUUUGCAUAAGCUAAAGAGUUUAUUGAUUAGAAUUAUUCUCUAGAAAUAUUCUGUAAGAUAUUAUAUUAAGCUCAAUCUUUUCAUAUGUUCAAUUUGAUGAAACCUUUUUUAAAAUUAAUACGAUAUGCCUAUAUUGAUACUCCACCUUUUUAGAAAUUCAAAAAAUUAAGAGUAGUCUAAUUUACAGAUUUGAAUGGGGAUAUUAUAGAUCAGACAACAAUUUUACCAAAAACAAGUCCAUUAUUAGAUGUAAUGGGUUUUCUAUUAUAAUAAUUAGAGAAAAUUGAUCUUUUGCAUAAUAAUAUUGAAUUUUCAAAAAACUUAUAAUCAGUAUUAUAGGUACUUAAAUGUUCUAUAGAAAUGUAAUUUUGGGUUGAUAUGGAUUAAAUUAAAGUUAUAUUGACUGCUAUGUAUAAUAUUUGUUCAAGCAUAAAGAAUUUUAAUUUGAUUAGAGAUUAAAUUGAAACUCCCAAUCCUUAAUCUUGCUCAAAUAAUAAUAUUCAUUUAAGUAAAAUUUAUCAAAGUGAAGAAAAAGAAACUCAUAUUCAUAAAAAAAUAAAAUCUACUAGACUAAAUGAAACAAAUAAUAUAUUUAUGACAUGCAAACAGCUUGCUUGUGAAAUCAUAAAUACCAUUUUUGAUUUAGAAAAUAAUAUUAGAGUAUUUAUGUGCUCAAAAUCUUUUAAAGAAUAACUUUUGUAAUUAGAAUUAGUUGAUCCUUAUUUACCUAAUGUUUGUGAAAAUCCAUAGAGUGUUAAAGAAAGUAAUACUUUUAAUAAAUUGCCAAAAUAAAAUUAAGCAUUUAUAAAAGCGAUAAAAUAAAAAUUCAAGGAUUAAAAUGCUUCUGAAGAAAAAAGUUUAUAUGAUAUUACUAAUUGGAUUAAUUAAUUUAGAUAAAUAAUCACUGAGAGAUCACUUUCUAAUUUUGAAAAUUUUGAAUUAAUUUUUGCAGAAUUAUCAUUUUAUGAAAAUCUAUAUCUACCUAAACAUUCUGUAGAAAUCUUAUCAAGAGCAUAUGGGUAAAGAAAAGAAUUAAUUUAAAAUUUUGAAAAGGUUAUUAUAGUUGUUUCUGGUAAAACAUUAGAAUUAAGUUAAUUAACAAAAUAAAUCAUGAAUAAAUUAGAUAUUUUAUAUUAGUCUGAAUUUUAUACAAUGUAUAAAGAAUCAAGUAAUAACAUAAGAACAAGUGUAAUUUGGUAUCAUUCAAAUGAACACUAAAAAGCUGGUCUAAUAUAAAAUUUAUUUCAAUUAGGAAUGUAUUUAAAGAAAGACUUUGACAAAGGAAGAUCUUUAAAUCCUCUAAAUUUUGAAGAUUAUAAGCCAGAUAAUCAUUCAACUAUUGCAUUUUGCGAAAGAGAAUAAAAUUACAAGUUACAUUAAACAAUUUUAAUGGCUUAAGAAAUACACAUACCAUUAUUAGAUUUUAUUUAAAAUUUUAAUUUAGAUUACUCAACUAUCUAUUGGAAACUUUUACAUUCAAUUUAUGAUUUUCUAACAAUUCUUAUUUGGAAUAAUUCUGAAAAUAAAUAAGUCAUCAUGAGUAAUAAAAAAUUGAUUCAAAGUAUCGAAUAACAUUUAAAAUUUAAUAUUGGAGCUAUUGAUUUUCUAAAAGUUUUAUAUGCUGAUAAUAAGCAAUUGCUUUAUAGUGAGAGGGAAGUUUCAUUUAUAUUGCAAUCAGUUGUACCUGUUUGUAAUGAUUAAUCUAUUAAUAAUUAUUUUAAAUCAAAAAUAUUAGAUUUCAUAAAAGUUUUAUUGUUAUCUAAUUCAAAUUAUAUUACAUCUAACUAAACCUAAAUUCUUCAGAAAUUUCAAGAAAAAUAGUACAACAAAAUUAUUUUACGAUUUAGUAUUUAUAUUGAACAAACACCCAUAUCUUAAGAAGAUAAUAGUUUUAGCGAUGUUACUUCAUCUUUAGAUGGCUAAUCAGACUCAGAAACAUUCAUAACUGAAGAAUUAUUUAACAAGUGGAUUGAAGAUUAUUAAAAAGGGUAUGAAAAUAUAGGUUAUGGAUUUCAUGAACUUUAUAUAUCUCCAGAAUUAACAUAUCUUUAUAAAUUUUUUGCUGUUUUUAGCUAACUAGUUGAAGAGAAACACCAAAUUAAUAUAAAAAAAUGUUUGAAAAUUCAUAAGUUUGAAGACUUAAUAGUCUUAUUAUAUUAAGCACAGGAUUGCUGGCCUUUGAAAAGACAUCUUCGAGCAUAUAUCAAUAGAUUAUAUUAUAGUAAAGCAAGUGAUAAUUUCGAUCUUAUUAUCAAAAUUGAUUUACUUACUAUAAUUGACGAUUUAUAAAAAACUAUUGAUUAUUUAAUAUUACCAUAAUAUUCAUAUAUGGCAAUGACUAUUAUUUAAGCACCUGUAAGAUACAAAUACUUAAUGAGUUAUAUUUAUUUAAAUUUGGAGGAAAUUUUAAUAUCCUUAAAUAGUCUUUUUUUAAAUGAAUAAUUCCUUGAAUAUUUAGAAGAAUUAAUACUUUUUAAUUCAUAGAAUUCAAUAUAUAAAUUACAUCUUUAACUAUUCGAAAUUUGUCAAAAGCUAUAAAUUAUUGAAAAAAUUUAUGCUAAAGAAAAUCUAGGACAUUUAUGCUAAUUGUUAUUAGAUAUAUUUUAAAGUAUUAUCUCAGGAUUUGAAAUAAAAGUACUAUUAAUGAGAGAAGGUUUAUAUUUAAGCAUGAUGGAAGAAACUAUCUUAUCUUAAUACUUAAAAGUACAAAAUCAAUAAGAUCUUACAAAGACUUAAAUAAAUAGAUUAUAUUAGAUAUAGAAAAAUCGAGAAAUAUAUAAAUAGUUAUUAUAAAAUAGUCAAGAUUUAUCUGUUAAAUAAUAUUUAGUUCAUCAAGUAUUUAGUUUAGAUUAAUAAUUUAUUAAAGAAUCUAAAUUACAAAAUACUUUAGAGUUUUGGAAAACUUAAUCCAAAAAUAGAGCUAAAUCAGGUAAAUAGGAUAUGAAUGAUUUGAUUAAUCAUAAAUUAAGGAGAAUAAUGAAGAAUUGGAGUUUUAUACCAUAAUUUUCAUAGUUUUUAGAUGAAGAAUUUCAUGAAGUAUGUAAUAAAUUAUCUUAAAUUGGUAAAUAAUCUUAAGAUGCCUAUUAAACAAAAUAUGAAGUCACAACACUUUAAGAUUUUAUAUAAAAUAUAAUUUCAAUUUGUGCAAACACUAGAGAAUAAUAAUUUUCAGAUGAUAUUAGAAUUUUCUUUUUAAGAUUAUUAAGUAGAUUAAUAACAGAAAAUAAUCUUAGUAAUAAAUAAAAAAUGGUUGAAGUUGAUCUUUGGACAAGUGAAUUUUGGAUUGAUUAUAAACAAGAAAUUAAUCAUGCUUAAAAUUUACUUACCAAAUGUGGAGCUUAAGAUUUGAUUUUAUUCAUUUUAUCAGAAAGCUUCUUAGAAAUUAACUUAACUUUAUUAAAUGAAUGUCUAUUAUUUUCAAUAGCAUUUUUGUUAGGAGGAAAUACAUAAGCAUAAAAUGCAAUUCUAGAGAAAUUAAAAUAAGAUUCUCAAAAUUAAAUAUUAAUAAACAUUAAAGUUAUCAUCACUAAACUAACUAAAGUUAUAAAUAAUAAUUUCUCUAUGGUUAUGUAUCACAAUACUAAAAGUGGUGAUUUUAUUUAAACUGUUGAUAACUAUGACUUUUAUAAUACUAGUACUAAAGUAAUGCAAAGAGUAAAUGUAGUUGAUCCUGAUGAUUAUAAAGAAACCAAUUUCAAAAAAUAGUGCUUGGAUGUGUUGUGUAGAUUUUUUAGAGUGAUGCAAUUACUUUGUGAAAAUAAUAAUAGUGAAAUGAAAGAAUUUUUUAGAAGAUAAACUGAUGAGGUAUUUUGAUAAUGUUAUUAAUUUUAGUAAAAUAUUACAAGAAUAAAUUCUAUUAAUUUCAUUGAGUUCACAAGUGUAUAAUUAAGAACAUAUCUAAAAAUAUUAUCUAGAGCUAUCAUUAUCAUACCUGCAUCUAUCCUUGAUUUUAUUAAUGAGGUAAUUCAAUUACCUUGUAUUGAAAAUUAAAUAACAUUAUGUCACACUACUUUUUUUGAAGAUGUUAGCAAUAUGGCCCAUUUCUUUAAAAAUAAUUCUAAUUAGCUAUAAAGAUUAUUUGAUACUGAAGAUGACUUAUAAGAAUUAUAAGAAUUGUUUAAUAAAAUUCUCCAGACUGUAUUAUUAGUAUUAGAAGGGAACGAAGAAAAGAUAUAUAAAGAUAUUUAGAAUAAAUUAGAAGCCUCAUUUUUAAUAAGCUUCUUAAGUUUAAGUUUUGAACAACUUAAUAUUAGCAAUAUAAAUGAUCUUGAAAUGUAUAAAUUCAUUAACCAUCAAUUAUAGAUACUUAUUAUAAUAAGAUAAGAUAUUUAAUUCAGACAUGCUUAGAAUAUUAAAUGUAUGUAUUAUUGAAUAAAAAAUGGCUUCUUAUGAAUAGAGUCGAUGGAUUUAAUAAUUUCAUGAACAAUUAAGUGUUAAUCCUACAAUAAAAGCUAUAUAUGAUCAUCUAAUAAUUUUAGUAUAAAAUAUUCUAUAAAAUAUAGAUUCACCACAUUGAAAUAGUAUAUUAAGGUAAGUCCAUGACAGUGUUUUUUCCUUAUCAUCCCCUUUUCAAUUUAUUAUCCGAAUAAUCAAAAGAAGAUUUGCUUUUUUAAAUUAAUAGAGAAACCUAAAGAGAUAAAUUAUUAGGUUUGCUCAAUGCAACAAACAUUUUAUUUUAUGAUUUAGAACAUAACUAUAAAUUAAACCAUUAUAGAAUUCCUAUAACUUAGAAUAAUUUAAAUGUGAUGUAAAAUUUAUCCUCUAUCCUUGCUUUGCUGAUAAAUUUAUCAAUGGUACGUUUUUAUAUAAUAAAGUUAGAUCUUUUUCUAUACAGUUAUUGUAAAAGGAAAUACAUUCUUAUUAACUUCAACAUUGUAUAAUUCAUUAAUAAUAAAAAUGUUAUCUGUGAGCUAACUCUUUGCAUAAAUUAUUUUAUUUAUAAUGGUUAGUUUCUAAAGAAUUCCAAUUUAUUUAAAAAAAAAUAGUAAAGGAAAUGAUAAAUUGAGUCUUUUAUUGGUAUUUAUUUAAGAAGAUACUUGUUUAUUAUUGUUUAUUUUGGUAUUAUUAUCCUUUUUUGGAGCUUUUAUUAAUAGCACAGUAUUUGUGAUUCAUUUAGUUGAAAUAUUUAGUAGAGUAGCUAUUUUAAAAAAUGUAUUUUAAGCUAUUAGUUAUAAUGCUAAACAAUUAUUAGUUGUUGCUUUUUUAGGAGUUCUUUUUGUAUUUGCCUUUUCAGUUAUAAGUUUUAGUGUUUAUUUUGAUGAUAUCUAUUAAGAAGAAUAAACUGAAACAUGUGAUUCAUUAAUUACUUGUAUGAUAACACUUAUUACUUCUGGAGUUAUAGGAAAUAGUAUGAUCAAUUGGGAUCCUUUAAAAUUCUUCUUUGAUAUGCUUUUUACUGUCUUUUUUGGAUUACUUUUUACUAAUAUUGUUUAAGGUAUAAUGAUAGACACUUUUGCAGAGUUAAGAGAUUAAAGAUAAAAAAUUGAAGAAGACAUAAAAAAUAGAUGUUUUAUAUGUGCAGCUUAAAGAGGUGAAUUGGAAAAUAAAAAUUAAUCAUUUGAGUAACAUAUCUAAGAUAAACAUCUAAUUUGGAAUUAUGUGUUUUAUGUUAAAUGUUUAUAGUUAAAGGAAUGGACUGAAUAUACAGGAUUAGAGUAUUGGAUUUAUGAAAAAAUAAAAUAAGAUGAUACUAGUUGGUUUCCAGAAUCAGUUAUUGAUGGAAAAAAUAUGACUGAAAGAUUAGAUUAAAUAGAAAGCCUUUUAUCAUAAGUUAUUGUAUAUUAAGAAAAUAAUCCCUGA